GAAAGAACACGUGGCAUGUGGAAAACAAAGAAGCAUGUUUCUUCUCCUCCUUUCAUACUCUUUACAUUUUCUUCCGCCGGAAAAAACUUAAAUCACACAGAAAACGCAAGGAAGACGACGAAGAAGAAGAAGAAGAAGAAGAAGAAGAUGUCUGCGACGGCGGUUUUUUCUCUAACAAACUCCAGAGCCGUCUUCAACGGAUUCGAUAACCGGACAUUUCUUUGCCGGAACGCCGUAGCUGCUAAACCAAGUUCGAGAUGUUUUCCUUCUCCGAUGAAGCCUUCGUCUCUUGCUUCUAGAUUCUCUCCUUUGAUUUUAACCAAUAAAUCCUUUAAAACCUCAGUAUUCAAGAGAUUUGAUACUCUCAUGGAAUGGCAAGAAUGCAAAGUUAAGAAGAAGGUUGAAGUGCCUGUAUCAGUUGCUUAUGGACUCUACUCGGAGCGUGAAUCAAUUCCUAGAUGGAUGACAUUCAUUUCUUCCGUUAAGAUAUUGAAGGACAAGCCUGAUUUAUCUCGAUGGACCUUGAAAUAUAAAGCAUUUGGUCAGGAUCUUGAGUACGCUUGGCUUGCUAAGAACUUGCAGCCUCUCCCGAACCAGAAAAUACACUGGAUUUCUCUAGAAGGCCUUCCUAACAAGGGCACUGUCCGCUUUUUCCCGCUAGGACCUUCAUCAUGUGAUGUAGAACUAACCUUUGCAUAUGAAGUUCCGCUGCUACUUAUUCCAUUUGCAGCGGCACUUCAACCGCUAAUGCAAGGAUUGAUCAAUAAUAGUUUGGAGCAAUUUGCAGAGAUAGCAAAAAGCACUAAGACCACUUAGUUAAACAUCACAACACAACAUUACCCCACUGUUCUUACAGGAGUUUGCACAGAGAAACCUCAUAUAGAUUUUUUUAUAGUGUGCAUUUCAUACAAAGAACUGUUAUAUCUAUAUAUAAUAUAUAUAAUCACAACAUUUUACUCUUCGUCUAAAUUUCUGAGUUUAUUAUAUCUAUGUUGUCAGGAAAAUAAAUAUACAACAUUCUUAUGUAUCA